UUUACGCGUAUGUAGCGCAUCAGAGGUGCCAAAGUGAUUUAUGUCGCCCUGCAGCAGCAGACUGACUCAGAUCCUGACUGGGGACUCUUUGAGGAAUGGCAUCUGAACGGGAUGAAUCCAACACAUCCAGAAAUCUGACCAACCAGUUCGUGCAGCCGGCCUGGCGCAUCGCGCUCUGGUCGGUGGCGUACAGCACCGUGCUGGCUGUGGCGGUUUUCGGAAACUUGAUUGUGAUUUGGAUUAUUUUGGCUCACAAGCGGAUGAGAACUGUCACCAACUAUUUCCUGCUGAACUUGGCUUUCUCCGAUGUGUCCAUGGCUGCUUUCAACACGCUCAUUAACUUCGUCUACGCCUCGCACGGAGACUGGUACUUUGGAGAAGUGUACUGCAGGUUUCACAACUUCUUCCCGGUCACUGCGGUGUUCGCCAGCAUCUACUCCAUGAGCGCGAUAGCCCUCGACAGGUACAUGGCCAUCAUUCAUCCUCUGAAGCCUCGUCUGCCGGCGAAAGCCACUUUGGGAGUCAUUGUCUGUAUCUGGAGUCUGGCCGUGGUUCUGGCUUUUCCUCUCUGCUACUUCUCCACCAUCCGAGCUUUGCCCCGCAGGACCCUCUGUUACGUGGCCUGGCCCCGCCCGGUCGAUGACCCCUUCAUGUAUCAUAUCAUAGUUACAGUUCUGGUCUACGUGCUGCCUUUAGUGGUGAUGGGCAUCACUUACACCAUCGUGGGGGUGACUCUGUGGGGAGGGGAGAUCCCAGGAGACUCAUCUGAUAACUAUCAUGGACAGCUCAGAGCCAAACGUAAGGUGGUGAAGAUGAUGAUCAUUGUAGUGGUGACCUUUGCCCUCUGCUGGCUGCCCUAUCAUGUCUACUUCAUCGUGACGGGUCUCAACAAGCAUCUGAGCAAGUGGAAGUACAUCCAGCAGGUUUACCUGACGGUGCUGUGGCUGGCAAUGAGCUCCACCAUGUACAACCCCAUCAUCUACUGCUGCCUCAACAGCAGGUUCCGGGCCGGUUUCAAGCGGGUUUUCCGUUGGUGUCCCUUUGUCCGGGUGUCAAGCUACGAUGAGCUGGAGCUCCGAAACACAAGACUUCGACCGGGUCACCAGAGCAGCAUGUGCACCCUCUCUCGGGUCGACACCAGCAUCCUCAGCAAAGAGAAGAGCACUUGUUCCCGUGGAAACAGGUCACAAGUCAACUCUGAGCCCAAUCAUAAAGACAAUUAGUUGUCUCCACUGGACACACUCAUUAGGUUGAAUUGGACAGGUGUCGGUGUUCGAACGGGAAGUUAGUUACUGAGGUUUGAUGAUUUGACCAGCAGCUGCAGCAGUGACACAAACUCAUGGAGGCAAUUAAUGCUGUUUAACCCAGUCUGAACUGACAUGAUACACAUAUUUUGAGAUUAUUUUUCCAUAAACCAGAUUAGAAAUCUUCAAAAUAACAUCUGCAAAACUUUAUUAUUAAAGUCCUCCAGUGAUCUGUCUGCACAUCCAUGAGUACAUCACAAACAGGAACUGCUAAUUUGGCAUUUUUUAAUGGUGCCAGUUUGCCAAAUUGCAAACAAAUACAGGGUUUUGGGAGUUUACCUUGUCAAAAUUGAAUCUUAAUUAGUUAUGUGUAUCAUCAUGGUAUUAGAUAUUAACAAAAUAUCUGUUAUCCUUUGACAUGAAUGCCUUUCAUUGAUUUAAAUAGAUUUAUGUUUAUUGUUUUUAAUUAUGAAAUGCUGCUGUUCACUAGUUUGAACAUUCUAUGUGCAAUCUUAUUUAUUUAUUUAUUUAUUUUGUAUCCUAAAAUGUAUCUUUGUGGGCUCGUUUGUAUAAAUAGACAAAAUAAUGUGAGGCAAAAUUCAAUUUAGCAAAAUCCCCCCAAAAUGUAACCAGUCAGUGAGAUACAGUUGUUAUAAUUAAUGUAUAUGUAGAUUUUUAAUAUUGCAGUAAAGCAUUUUUUUAAACACAUCUGUCACUA